AUGGCCUGCACGGGCUCCCGCUGCCUCUGUGGCCCCCAGGGUGCCCCGCACCCCAGCUUGUCACUAAAAUGUCCGUCUCUGGGCUGGGAGGUAGGACUGCGGAGCGCGGGUCCAGCCCGGGAGCCUAGGCGCGGCGUGUGGAGACCCCUCCCUGGCAGGGGCCCAAAGUCAACUGUCGGGACCCAGAAAGGCCCGCUGAGGGCGCUGGACGGGCCUGCGGCGGGGGUCGGACAGGAGGUGGGCCCCGGGGGCGUGGCCGGGCGGGCGGCAGCCAAUGGGCUGAAUGAGGCCAGGCGGGGCGGGGCGGGGCGGGGUCCGGGCGGUGGCGGGGUCCCGGGGCGCCGGCUGGGUCCGCAGUGCGAGGUCGGCGGCCCGCGGCAGCGCAAGCCAGCGGAGGCAGAGCGCUGCGCCCGCCGGCUCCCCGGCCGCCCGCGCGCCGGAGCCGAGACCCGCGACCGGACGCGCCGGGCCGCCGCUGGCCCGCACCGCCCCGCCGCCGCGAUGUGCGACUGUUUCCACAUGGUGCUGCCCGCCUGGCCCGGAGCCCCCGGCAGCGGUGCUGGUGCUGCCUUACCCCACCAGGGAGAGCUCUCCCUCCAGCCCAAAGUGUCCACGGCAGGAGCGGGCAGCAAGGAGGAGGCUGCGGAGGCCAUCCUGGGAGGGGGGGCCGCCUGCAUCAGGCUCUGCCCGCACCCUCGCACCCCUCCCGCUGAGGCCCUUGUGUCCCGAGAGCGGCCAGCCCUGCUGGACCCCUCCCAGGCUGAUUCACUAUCAGCUGCCCCGGCCCUGCCCAGCCCCUGCCGGCAGCUGAGUUCCUGUGCGGACUCUGAGCAGGAGCCCGGGGUGCCCGUGGCUUUGAGCUGCAACUGCCUGGCCCUGUGCCUCUGGCCUGACUCUCUGCCGGCCCAGGGCUCCCGGCUGGCCUGCACAUCGCAGGCCCUGCUCGCCCCCAUCUCCCAUCGGCAAGGGAACCGCAAGUACACAGCGCUUGCUGAGGGCUGGGGCUUGGCGGGGCUCCAGGCCUGCCUGAGGAGGAGGCCAGGGCGGGGCAGCAGAGCAGGGUUGUGGAGGGGAGGGACCCAGGAGGGCAGCCGGAGGGAGCUCAGCUGGGAUCUUCACUUCUGGGCAAGUUGGGAGGACAUCAACCUGGUCUCUGGCCGGCAGCUGCAGCCUGAGGAGCCGGACGCAGACACAGAAGAGGACCACUCUGUAACGGAAGGGCCCGUGGACGAGAUCAUUCGGCCACGGCCACAGGGGUCCUCCCCUGUGUAUGAAUACACUGUGGAGGGUGCUAGCUCUGGACUCCCGGAGGACACACCGAGGCGGCGGGCGUCCUCGGGCUCUGGGGGACGGAGAUCCUGGUGGAAGCGAGAUUCGGGGGACUCCCAGACAUUCUCCAGGAUGAGUUGUCCGCAGUCCAUGCAGGAGGCGACAGAGGUGACGCUGAUGACCGAGGCGGAAGCUGGAGCCAGCGGCUACAGCGUCACAGGUGGUGGGGACCAGGGGAUUUUUGUGAAACAAGUUCUGAAGGACUCGUCAGCUGCCAAGCUCUUCAGCCUGAGAGAAGGGGAUCAGCUGCUCAGCACAACCAUAUUCUUUGACAACAUUAAAUAUGAAGACGCUCUCAAAAUUCUUCAGUACUCAGAGCCUUACAAGGUGCAGUUCCAAGUCAAACGGAAACGUCCUGCCACAGAGGACGAGGAAGGCGCUGCCAGGGGGGCUCAGCAUGGCCCGAAGGGCAGUGAGAAGCAGGACAAAGAUGUGGCUGAUGGCUCCACGGAGACCCCCACACAGACCCUGGAAGGGGGAGGAGACCAGGAGAGACUGCUCGCCAAGCCCAGGGAGGGCAGACGCAGGCGGCCCCAAAAAGAGAGGCUGUCCUGGCCCAAAUUCCAGUCAAUAACGAGCAAGCACAUGCCGGGACCGCGGAGGUCACACAGCUCCUCAGAGGCCUACGGGCGGGGAGAUGCACCUGACGUGUCCCCCACGAGCACAGACACGGAGGCCCAGCUCCCAGCAGAGGGUCAGGAGCAGAAGGCGGGACCGGACGGCCAGCGGAGAAGGAGGUUCCUGAACCUCAGGUUCAGGAUGGGCUCAGGGAAGGGUCCGACGCUGGAGGGGCGACCAAGCAGAGGGGUCCAAGGUGAAGCUCUCCAGGCCGGGGUCGUGGAGGAGGCCGGAUCCUGCGAGGACAGACGAGAGGCCCCCGAGGCCUCUGUGCAAAGCAGGGGAGAGGACGGGACGGCAGAGGUACCAGCGGGGACACCCAUAGAGCCUGGAGCCCCCAGCCGGGGAGCCCUGGGGGAAGGGGCCAGUGUGGCGUCUAGGCGCCGAAAAGAAACAAAGGAGGUGAAAGACCCGGAGGACGCUGUGUCAGAGGGGAAGCCUGGGGUGAGCUCAGCCCCACAAGGCGGGGAGGGCCUCAGGGAGGUGGCUCAGGGCAUGGAAGUUGGGAUUGCCAGAUCGGCUCUGCAAGGCCAAGGAGACGCACAGGGCCAUCAACCAGGAUUCCAAAUCCAAAUACCCAGUUUAAAAACACCCGUGUUUAAAUUCUCCAAAGAAAGAAAGCAAGACACAGAAGGAGGCACAGCACCACUGGUCCAGGGGCACGGGCAGGGAGGGACCACGGCACAGGAGACCCGCCCCGCGGGGGAGGGGGCACCAGGACCCCAGCUGGCAGCACCCGAGAAGCCCAAAGCGCACCUGCCAGAGCGGGAAGAAGGAGGAGCAGGGGGCGCUGAGGAAGGUCACAGGGGAAGAGGGAAGAAGGAUGGGGACAAAGACAAAGGAGGGAGGGAGGAGAGAUGGACAGUGCUCAAGUUCAACAUGCCCUCCUUCACAUGGUCGCCCAGAAAGGACGCGAGAGCAGCCGGGGAGAAGCCCGUCCUGGCCUCGGACCAAGAAACAGGAAGCACCGUGACAGUGAAGUCACUACAGGCAGAAGACAAAGAAAUACUAGAAGAGAAAGAAGAGCGAGACACAAGAGGGGGGCAGCCACCAGGACCAGAGGAACGAGGACUGGAGCUUGAGAGGCAACAAGGGGACCUGUCCCUGGGAGACCAGGAGGUGGCCGCCACAGACGGCAAGUUCCAGAUGCCGUCCUUCGGUGCAUCAGCGCCAAGCAAGGAUUUGGGAACAUCUGUGGACGUGUCGGGGCCCAGGGUCAGAGCCGAGGCCGCACUGCCCUCCCUGGGGGGGGAGGUGAAAGCCCCAGAGGGUGCCGUCCAAGUGCCCACUGCUGAUAUCGACCUGCCAGGGGAAGAGCUGGAGGUGUGCCCCCCCGAGGGAGAGGUGGCUGUGUCCGGGCUGGAGGGCAAAGCAGAAAGGGUCAAGAUCAAGGGCCAGCUCCCCAAAGUGCAGAUGCCCAGCCUCAAGAUGGCCAAGGAGGACAUCAAGGCCCCCCAGGUGGACAUCAAGGGGCCCAAACUGGACCUGAAGGGCACCAAAGGGGAAGUGAGUGUCCCCGACAUGGAGGUGUUGCUACCCACCGUGGAGGUGGAUGCACAGGUGCCCGGUGCCAAGGUGGAGGGUGCCCUGUCCGUGGGAGACAAGGAGGUAGCUGCCAGAGACAGCAAGUUCAAGAUGCCCAAGUUUAAGAUGCCUUCCUUCAGCAUGUCAGUGCCAAGCAAGGAUUUGGGAACAUCCGUGGACAUGGAAGUGUCAGUGCCCAAGGUCAGAGCCGAGGCCACACAGCCCUCUCUGGGAAGGGAGGUGCAAGCCCCAGAGGGUGCCAUCCAAGUGCCCACUGCUGAUAUCGACCUCCCUGGGGAAGAGCUGGAGGUGUCCGUCCCUGAGGGAGAGGUGGCUGUGACCGGGCCAAAAGGCAAAGCAGAAGGGGUCAAGAUCAAGGGCCAGCUGCCCAAAGUGCAGAUGCCGAGCCUCAAGAUGCCCAAGGUGGACAUCAAGGCCCCCCAGGUGGACAUCAAGGGGCCCAAACUGGACCUGAAGGGCGCCAAAGGGGAGGUGAGCGCCCCUGACAUGGAGGUGUCCCUACCCAGCGUGGAGGUGGACACCCAGGUAUCCGGCGCAAAGGUGGAGGCUGACCUGUCACUGGAAGUCAAGGAGGUGGCUGCCAGAGACAGCAAGUUCAAGAUGCCCAAGUUCAAGAUGCCGUCCUUUGGCACGUCGGCGCCAAGCAAGUCCUUGGAAGCCUCUGUGGACGCGUCCCUGCCCAAGGUCCAGGCUGAGGUUUCCAUGCCCUCUAUCCAGGCCGACGUCAAGACCAGUGACGUGACCAUUGAGCUGCCAUCUGCCGACCUAGACGUCAAGACUGCCUCGGUGGGCCUGAAGCUCCCUGAGGGGCAAGAGCCUGAGGGGAAGCUCCAGGAACCCUCGGCCACAGCCGGACUCAAAGGGCACCUACCCAAGGUGCAGAUGCCCAGCAUCAAAAUGCCCAAAGUGGACUUCAAGGCCCCCCAGGUGGACAUCAGGGGGCCCAAACUGGACCUGAAGGGCACCAAAGGGGAGGUUAGCGCCCCUGAUAUGGAGGUGUCCCUACCCACCAUGGAGCUGGACACUCAGGUGCUUGGCACCAAGGUAGAGGCUGACCUGUCCAUAGGAGACAAAGAGGUGGCCUCCAGAGACGGCAAGUUCAAGAUGCCAAAGUUCAAGAUGCCAUCCUUUGGUGCGUCAGUACCAAGCAAGGAUUUGGGAACAUCCGUGGACGUGUUGGUGCCCAAGGUCGGAACUGAGACCACACUGCCCUCCCUGGGAAGGGAGGUGCGAGCCCCAGAGGGUGCCAUCCAAGUGGCCACUGCUGAUAUCGACCUCCCUGGGGGAGAGCUGGAAGUGUCUUUCCCCGAGGGAGAGGUGGCUGUGUCUGGGCUGAAGGGCAAAGCAGAAGGGGUCAAGAUCAAGGGUCAGCUUCCCAAAGAGCAGAUGCCCAGCUUCAAGAUGGCCAAGGAGGACAUCAAGGCCCCCCAUGUGAACAUCAAGGUCCCCCAGGUGGACAUCAAGGGGCCAAAACUGGACCUGAAAGGCGCCAAAGGGGAGGUGAGAGCCCCCAACGUGGAGGUGUCCCUGCCCAGGGUGGAGGGGGACGCCCAGGUGUCCUUCGCCAAGGUGGAGGCUGACCUGUCCCGGGAAGACAAGGAGGUGGCCGUCAGAGACAGCAAGUUCAAGAUGCCCAAGUUUAAGAUGCCGUCCUUCGGUGCAUCGGUGCCAAGCAAGGAUUUGGGAACAUCCGUGGAUGUGUCAGUGCCCAAGGUCAGAGCCGAGACCACACUGCCCUCCCUGGGAGGGGAAGUGCGAGCCCCAGAGGGUGCCAUCCUAGUGCCCGCUGCUGAUAUUGACCUCCCGGGUGGAGAGCUGGAGGUGUCCCUCCCGGAGGGAGAAGUGCCUGUGUCCGGGCUGAAGGGCAAAGCUGAAAGGGUCAAGAUCAAGGGCCAGCUGACCAAAGUGCAGAUGCCCAGCCUCAAGAUGCCCAAGGUGGACAUCAAGGCCCCCCAGGUGGACAUCAAGGGGCCCAAACUGGACCUGAAGGGCGUCAAAGGGGAGGUGAGUGCCCCUGACGGGAAGGUGUCCCUUCCCAGCAUGGAGGUGGACUCCCAGGUUCCCGACGCCAAGGUGGAGGCUGACCUGUCCGUGGGAGAAAAGGAGGUGGCUGCCAGAGACAGCAAGUUCAAGAUGCCCAAGUUCAAGAUGCCGUCCUUCAGCGCAUCAGGACUAAGCAAGUCCUUGGAAGCCUCUGCGGAUGCGUCCCUGCCCAAGGUACAGGCUGAGGUUUCCAUGCCCUCUAUCCAGGCCGACGUCAAGACCAGUGAUGUGACCUUUGAGUUGCCAUCAGCCGACCUAGACGUCAAGACUGUCUCGGUGGGCCUGAAGCUCCCUGAGAGCCAAGAUCCCGAGGGGGAACUCCAGGAACGCUCAGCCGCAGGCGGACUCAAAGGACACCUGCCCAAGAUGCAGAUGCCCAGCAUCAAAAUGCCUAAAGUGGACUUCAAGGACCCCCAGGUGGACAUCAAGGGGCCCAAACUGGACCUGAAGGGUGCCAAAGGAGAGGUGAGUGCCCCCGACAUGGAGAUGUCCCUACCCACCAUGGAGGUGGAUGCCCAGGUUCCUGAGGCCAAGCUGGAAGCUGACCUGUCCGUGGGAGACAAGGAGGUGGCUGCCAGAGAGAGCAAGUUUAAGAUGCCCAAAUUCAAGAUGCCGUCCUUCGGCGUGUCGGAGCCAAGCAAGGAUUUGGGAACAUCCAUGGACAUGUCGGUGCCCAAGGUUGGAGCCGAGGCCACACUGCCUUCCCUGGGAGGGGAGGUGCGAGUCCCAGAGGGUGCCGUCCAAGUGGGCACUGCUGAUAUCGACCUCCCAGGGGGAGAGUUGGAGGUGUCCCUCCCCAAGAGAGAGGUGGCUAUGUCUGGGCUGAAGGGCAAAUCAGAAGGGGUCAAGAUCAAGGGUCAGCUGCCCAAAAUGCAGAUGCCCAGCCUGAAGAUGCCCACGGUGGACACCAAGGCCCCCCAGGUGGAUAUCAAGGCCCACCAGGUGGACAUCAAGGGGCCCGAACUGGACCUGAAGGGCACCAAAGGGGAGGUGAGCAUCCCCGACAUGGAGGUAUUCCUGCCCAGCAUGGAGGUGGAUGCCCAGGUGCCUGGCCCCAAGGUGGAGGCUGACCUGUCCCUGGGAGACAAGGAGGUGGCCACCAGAGACAGCAAGUUCAAGAUGCCCAAGUUCAAGAUGCCAUCCUUUGGUGCGUUGGUGCCAAGCAAGUCCAUGGAAGCCUCUGUGGAUGCGUCCCUGCCCAAGGUCCAAGCUGAGGUUUCCAUGCCCUCUAUCCAGGCUGACGUCAAGACCAGUGACGUGACCAUUGAGCUGCCAUCUGCCCACCUAGAGGUCAAGACUGCCUCGGUGGGCCUGAAGCUCCCUGAGGGGCAAGUGCCCGAGGGGGAACGCCAGGAAACCUUGGCCACAGGUGGACUCAAAGGGCAUCUGCCCAUGGUGCAGAUACCCAGUAUCAAAAUGCCCAAAGUGGACUUCAAGUCCCCACAGGUGGACAUCAGGGGGCCCAAACCGGACCUGAAGGGCACCAAAGGGGAGGUGAGCGCCCCCAACAUGGAGGUGUCCCUACCCACCGUGGAGCUGGACGCCCAGGUGCCCAGCGCCAAGGUGGAGGCUGACCUGACCUUGGGAGACAAAGAGGUGGCCACCAGAGACAGCAAGUUCAAGAUGCCCAAGUUGAAGAUGCCGUCCUUUGAUGUGUCGGUGCCAAGCAAGGAUUUGGGAACAUCCAUGGAUGUGGAAGUGUCACCGCCCAAGGUCAGAGCUGAGGCCACACUGCCCUCCCUGGGAAGGGAGGUUCAAGCGCCAGAGGGUGCUGUCCAAGUGCCCACUGCUGACAUCGACCUCCCGGGGGAAGAGCUGGAGGUGUCCCUCCCCGAGGGAGAGGUGGCUGUGUCCGGGCUGAAGGACAAAGCAGAAAGGGUCAAGAUCAAGGGCCAGCUGCCCAAAGUGCAGAUGCCGAGCCUCAAGAUGCCCAAGGUGGACAUCAAGGCCCCCCAGGUGGACAUCAAGGGCCCCAAACUGGACCUGAAAGGCGCCAAAGGGGAGGUGAGCACCCCCGAUGUGGAGGUGUCCCUGCCCAGGGUGGAGGUGGAUGCCCAGGUGCCUGGUGCCAAGGUGGAGGCUGAUCUGUCCCUGGGAGACAAGGAGGUGGCCUCCAGAGACAGCAAGUUCAAGAUGCCCAAGUUCAAGAUGCCGUCCUUCGGCACAUCGGCACCAAGCAAGGAUUUGGGUACAUGCGUGGACGUGUCGGUGCCCAAGGUCAGAGCAGAGGCCACACUGCCCUCUCUGGGAGGGAAGGUACAAGCCCCAGAGGAUGCUGUCCAAGUGGCCGCUGCUGAUAUCGACCUCCCAGGAGGAGAGCUGGAGGUGUCCCUCCCCAAGGGAGAAGUGGCUGUGUCCGGGCUGAAGGGCAAAGCAGAAGUGGUCAAGAUCAAGGGCCACCUGCCCAAAGUGCACAUGCCCAGCCUAAAGAUACCCACGGUGGACAUCAAGGCCCCCCAGGUGGACAUCAAGGGGCCCAAACUGGACCUGAAGGGCGCCAAAGGGGAGGUGAGUGCCCCCGACAUGGAGGUGUCCCUACCCACCGUGGAGGUGGAUGCCCAGGUGCCCAGUGCCAAGGGGGAGGCUGACCUGUCCAUGGGAGACAAGGACGUGGCCGCCCGAGACAGCAAGUUCAAGAUGCCCAAGUUCAAGAUGCCGUCCUUUGGCACGUCGGUGCCAAGCAAGUCCUUGGAAGCCUCUGUGGAUCCGUCCCUGCCAAAGGUCCAGGCUGAGGUUUCCAUGCCCUCCAUCCAGGCCGACGUCAAGACCAGUGACGUGACCAUUGAACUGCCAUCUGCCGACCUAGACAUCAAGACUGCCUCAGUGGGCCUGAAGCUCCCUGAAGGACAAGUGCCCGAGGGGGAGCUCCAGGAACCCUCGGCCUCAGGCAGACUUAAGGGGCACCUGCCCAAGGGGCAGAUGCCCAGUGUCAAAAUGCCCAAAGUUGACUCCAAGGCCCCCCAGGUGGACAUCAGGGGGCCCAUACUGGACCUGAAGGGUGCCAAAGGGGAGGUGAGCACUCCGGACAUGGAGGUGUCCCUGCCCAGUGUGAAGGAGGACACCCAGGUGUCCGGUGCCAAGGUGGAGGCUGACCUGUCUGUGGGAGUAAAGGAGGUGGCCUCCAGAGACAGCAAGUUCAAGAUGCCCAAGUUCAAGAUGCCAUCCUUCGGUGUGUCAGCACCAAGCAAGGAUUUGGGAACAUCCAUGGACAUGGAAGUGUCACUGCCCAAGGCCAGAGCUGAGGCCACACUGCCCUCCCUGGAAAGGAAGGUGCGAGUAGCAGAGGGUGCCAUCCAGGUGCCCACUGCUGAUAUUGACCUCCAUGGGGGAGACCUGGAAGUGUCCCUCCCUGAGGGAGAGGUGGCUGUGUCCGGGCUUAAGGGUAAAGCAGAAGGGGUCAGGAUCAAGAGCCAGCUGCCCAAAAUGCAGAUGCCGAGCCUCAAGAUGCCCAAGGUGGACAUCAAGGCCCCCCAGGUGGAUAUCAAGGCCCCCCAGGUAGACAUCAAGGGGCCCAAACUGGACCUGAAAGGGGCCAAGGGGGAGGUGAGCACCCCCGAUGUGGAGAUGUCCCUGCCCAGCAUGGAGGUGGACGCCCAGGUGCCCGGUUCCAAGGAGGAGGCUGACCAGUCCCUGGGAGACAAGGAGGUAGCCACCAGAGACAGCAAGUUCAAGAUGCCCAAGUUCAAGAUGCCGUCCUUCAGCACGUCGGCGCCAAGCAAGGAUUUGGGAAUAUCUGUGGACGUGUCAGUGCCCAAGGUCGGAACUGAAGCCACCCUGCCCUCCCUGGGAGGGGAGGUGAGAGCCCCCGAGGGUGCCGUCCAAGUGGCCACUGCUGAUAUUGACCUCCCAGGUGGAGAGCUGGAGGUGUCCCUCCCCGAGGGAGAGGUGGCUGUGUCUGGGCUGAAGGGCAAAGCAGAAGGGGUCAAGAUCAAGAGCCAGCUGCCCAAAAUGCAGAUGCCCAGACUGAAGAUACCCACGGUGGAUAUCAAGGUCCCCCAGGUGGACAUCAAGGCCCCCCAGGUGGACAUCAAGGGGCCCAAACUGGACCUGAAGGGCGCCAAAGGGGAGAUGAGUGCCCCCGACAUGGAGGUGUCCCUGCCCAGCGUGGAGGUGGACGCCCAGGUUCCCGACACCAAGCUGGAGGCUGACCAGUCCCUGGGAGACAAGGAGGUGGCCGCCAGAGACAGCAAGUUCAAGAUGCCCAAGUUCAAGAUACCGUCUUUUGGCGCGUCAGUGCCAAGCGAGUCCUUUGAAGUGUCUGUGGACCCGUCCCUGCCAAAGGUACAGGCUGAGGUUUCCAUGCCCUCUAUCCAGACCGACAUCAAGACCAGUGAAGUAACCUUUGAGCAGCCAUCUGCCGACCUAGAUGUCAAGACUGCGUUGGUCGGCCUGAAGAUCCCUGAGGGCCAAGUGCCCGAGGGGGAGCUCCAGGAACCCUCGGCCUCAGGCAGACUCAAAGGGCACCUGCCCAAGGUGCAGAUGCCCAGCGUCAAAAUGCCCAAAGUGGACUUCAAGGCCCCCCAGGUGGACAUCAGGGGGCCCAAACUGGACCUGAAGGGCGCCAAAGGGGAGGUGAGCACCCCCGACAAGGAGGCGUCCCUACCUGCCAUGGAGGUGGACACCCAGGUGCCCAGCACAAAGGGGGAGGCUGACCUGUCCAUGGGAGACAAGGAGGUGGCCACCAGAGACAGCAAGAUCAAGAUGCCCAAGUUCAAGAUGCCUUCCUUUGGCGUGUGGGUGCCAAGCAAGGAUUUGGGAACAUCUAUGGACGUGGAAGUGUCAGUGCCCAAGGUCAGAGCCGAGGCCACACUACCCUCCCUGGGAAGGGAGGUGCGAGCCUCAGAGGGUGCCAUCCAAGUGCCCACUGCUGAUAUCGACCUCCCUGGGGAAGAGUUGGAGGUGUCCGUCCCUGAGGGAGAGGUGGCUGUGACCGGGCCAAAGGGUAAAGCAGAAGGGGUCAAGAUCAAGGGCCAGCUGCCCAAAGUGCAGAUGCCGAGCCUCAAGAUGGACAUCAAGGACAUCAAGAUGCCCAAGGUGGACAUCAAGGCCCCCCAGGUGGAUAUCAAGGGGCCCAAACUGGACCUGAAAGGUGCCAAAGUGGAGGUGAGCACCCCCGAAGUGGAGAUGUCCCUGCCCAGCAUGGAGAUGGACGCCCAGGUUCCUGGUGCCAAGGUGGAGGCUGACCUGUCCCUGGGAGACAAGGAGGUGGCCGCCAGAGAUAGCAAGUUCAAGAUGCCCAAGUUCAAGAUGCCAUCCUUCAGCUUGUCGGCGCCAAGCAAGGAUUUGAGAACAUCCGUGGAUAUGUCAGGGCCAAAGGUCGGAGUCGAGGCCACCCUGCCCUCCCUGGGAAGGGAGGUGUUAGCCCCAGAAGGUGACGUCCUAGUGGCCACUGCUGAUAUCAACCUACCGGGGAGUGAGUUGGAGGUGUCCCUCCCCGAGGGAGAAGUGGCUGUGUCCGGGCUGAAGGGCAAAGCAGAAAGGUUUAAUAUCAAGGGUCAGCUGCCCAAUGUGCAGAUGCCCAGCCUGAAGAUGCCUAUGGUGGACAUCAGGGCCCACAAGGUGGACAACAAGGCUCCCCAAGUGGACAUUAAGGGGCCCAAACUGGACCUGAAGGGUGCCAAAGAGGAGGUGAGAGCCCCCGACGUGGAAGUGUCCCUGCCGAGCUUGGAGGUGGACGCCCAGGUGCCCGAAGCCAAGCUGGAGGCUGACCUGUCACCGGAAGACAAGGAGGUGGCCACCAGAGACAGCAAGUUCAAGAUGCCCAAGUUCAAGACGCCGUCCUUCGGUGUGUCAGUGCCAAGGAAGUCCGUGGAAGCUUCUGUGGACGUGUCCCUGCCCAAGGUCCAGGCUGUUUCCAUGCCCUCUAUCCAGGCUGACGUCAAGACCAGUGACAUGACCAUUGAGCUGCCAUCUGCCCACCUAGAUGUCAAGACUGCCUCGGUGGGCCGGAAGCACCCUGAGGGUCAAGUGCCCGAGGAGGAGCUCAAGGAACCCUCAGCCGCAGGCAGACUCAAAGGGCACCUGCCCAAGGUGCAGAUGCCCAGCAUCAAAAUGCCCAAUGUGGACUCCAAGGCCCCCCAGGUGGAUAUCAAGGGGCCCAAACUGGACCUGAAGGGCGCCAAAGGGGAGGUGAGUGCCCCCGACAUGGAGAUGUCCCUAUCCACCAUGGGGGUGGAUGUCCAGGUGCUCAGCGCCAAGGUGGAGACUGACCUGUCCGUGGGAGACAAGCAGGUGGCCACCAGAGACAGCAAGUUCAAGAUGCCCAAGUUCAAGAUGCCGUCCUUCGGUGUGUCAGCGCCAAGCAAGGAUUUGGGAACAUCCGUGGAUGUGGAAGUGUCAAUGCCCAGUGUCAGAGCCAAGGCCACACUGCCCUCCCUGGGAAGGGAAGUGCAAGACCCAGAGGUUGCCGUCCAAGUGCCCACUGCUGAUAUCAACCUCCCUGUGGAAGAGCUGGAGGUGUCCCUCCCCGAGGGAGACGUGGCUGUGUCCGGGCUGAAGGACAAAGCAGAAGGGGUCAAGAUCAAGGGCCAGCUGCCCAAAGUGCAGAUGCCGAGCCUCAAGUUGCCCAAGGUGGACAUCAAGGCCCCCCAGGUGGAUAUCAUGGCCCCCCAAGUGGACAUCAGGGCUCCCAAAAUGGACCUAAACGGUGCCAAAGGGGAGGUGAGUGCUCCCAAAGUGGAGGUGUCCCUGCCCAGCGUGGAGGUGGACACCCAGGUGCCCAGCGCCAAGGUGGAGGCCGACCUGUCCCUGGGAGACAAGGAGGUGGCCGCCAGAGACAGCAAGUUCAAGAUGCCCAAGUUCAAGAUGCCGUCCUUCGGCGCGUCGGCGCCAAGCAAAGAUUUGGGAACAUCCAUGGACGUGUCCCUGCCCAAGGUAGGAGCCGAGGCAACACUGCCCUCCCUGGGAGGAGAGAUGAAAGCCCCAGAUGGUGCUGUCCAAAGGCCCGCUGCUGAUAUUGACCUCCCUGGGGGAGAGCUGCAGGUGUCCCUCCCGGAGGGAGAGGUGGCUGUGUCUGAGCUGAAGGGCAAAGCAGAAGGGGUCAAAUUCAAGGGCCAGCUGCCCAAAGCACAGAUGCCCAGCCUGAAGAUGCCCAAGGUGGACAUCAAGGCCCCCCAGGUGGAUGUCAAGGGCCCCCAGGUGGACAUCAAGAGGCCCAAACUGGACCUGAAAUGCGCCAAAGGGGAGGUGAGCUCCCCCGACAUGGUGGUGUCCCUGCCCAGAGUGGAGGUGGAUGCCCAGGUGCCUGACACCAAGGUGGAGACUGACCUGUCCGUGGGAGACAAGGAGGUGGCCGCCAGAGACAGCAAGUUCAAGAUGCCCAAGUUCAAGAUGCCGUCCUUUGGCGCAUCAGUGCCAAGCAAGGAUUUGGGAACAUCCAUGGAUAUGUCGGUGCCCAAGGUCGGAGCCAAGGCCACACUACCCUCCCUGGGAGGGGAGGUGCGAGCCCCAGAAGGUGCCGUCCAAGUGCCCAUUGCUGAUAUCGACCUCCCGGGGGGAGAGCUGGAGGUGUCCCUCCCCGAGGGAGAGGUGGCUGUGUCUGGGCUGAAGGGCAAAGAAGAAGGAGUCAAGAUCAAGGGUCAGCUGCCCAAAGUGCAGAUGCCAAGCCUCAAGAUGACCAAGGUGGACAUCAAGGUCCCCCAGGUGGACAUCAAGGUCCCCCAGGUGGACAUCAAGGGGCCCAAACUGGACCUGAAGGGCGCCAAAGGGGAGGCAAGUGCCCCGGACAUGGACAUGUCCCUGUCCAGCAUGGUGGUGGACACCCAGGUUCCUGGCGCAAAGCUGGAGGCUGACCUGUUCCUGGGAGACAAGGAGUUGGCUGCAAGAGACAGCAAGUUCAAGAUGCCCAAGUUCAAGAUGCCGUCCUUCGGUGCAUCAGCGCCAAGCAAGUCCUUGGAAGCCCCUGUGGAUGCAUCCCUGCCAAAGGUACAGGCUGAGGUUUCCAUGUCCUCUAUCCAGGCUGACGUCAAGACCUGUGACAUGACCAUUGAGCUGCCAUCUGCCGACCUAGAUGUCAAGACUGGGUUGGUGGGCCUGAAGAUCCCUGAGGGCCAAGUGCCCGAGGGGGAGCUCCAGGAACCCUCGGCUACAGGCGGACUCAAAGGGCACCUGCCCAAGAUGCAGAUGCCCAGCAUCAAAAUGCCCAAAGUGGACUUCAAGACCUCCCAGGUGGACAUCAAGGGGCCCAAACUGGAACUGAAGGGCGCCAAAGGGGAGAUGAGUGCUCCCGAAGUGGAGGUGUCCCUACCCACCGGGGAGGUGGAUGCCCAGGUGCCCCGCACUAAGGUGGAAGCUGACCUGUCCAUGGGAGACAAGGAGGUGGCCACCAGAGACAGCAAGUUCAAGAUGCCGUCAUUUGGCACAUCGGCACCUAGCAAGGAUUUGGGAACAUCCGUGGACAUUUUGGUACCCAAGGUCGGAGCCAAAGCCACACUGCCCUCCCUGGGAGGAGAGGUGCAAGCCCCAGAGGGUGCCGUCCAAGUGCCCACUGCUGAUAUCGACCUCCCGGGCGGAGAGCUGAAGGUGUCCCCCCCCGAAGGAGUGGCGGCUGUGUCCAGGUUGAAGGGCAAAGAAGAAGGGGUCAAGAUCAAGGGCCAGCUGCCCAAAGUGCAGAUGCCGAGCCUCAAGAUGCCCAAGGUGGACAUCAAGGCCUCCCAGGUGGACAUCAAGGGGCCCAAACUGGACCUGAAGGGCGCCAAAGGGAAGGUGAGCACCCCCGACAUGGAGGUGUCCCUACCCACUGUGGAGGUGGACGCCCAGGUGUCCAGUGCCAAGGUGGAGGCUGACCUGUCCCUGGGAGACAAGGAGGUGGCAGCCAGAGAUAGCAAGUUCAAGAUGCCCAAGUUCAAGAUGCUGUCCUUUGGCACGUCGGCGCCAAGCAAGUCCUUGGAAGCCUCUGUGGACGCGUCCCUGCCCAAGGUCCAGGCUGAGGUUUCCAUGCCCUCUAUCCAGGCCGACGUCAAGACCAGUGACGUGACCAUUGAACUGCCAUCUGCCGACCUAGACAUCAAGACUGCCUCGGUGGGCCUGAAGCUUCCUGAGGGGCAAGUGCCCGAGGGGGAGCUCCAGGAACCCUCAGCCUCAGCCGGACUCAAAGGGCACCUGCCCAAGGUGCAGAUGCCCAGCAUCAAAAUGCCCAAAUUGGACAUCAUGGGGCCCAAACUGGACCUGAAGGGUGCCAAAGGGGAGGUGAGCACCCCCUACGUGGAGGUGUCCCUGCCCACCGUGGAGGUGGAUGCCCAGGUGUCCAGUGCCAAGGUGGAGGCUGACCUGUCCGUGGGAGACAAGGAGGUGGCCUCCAGAGACAGCAAGUUCAAGAUGCCCAAGUUCAAGAUGCCGUCCUUCGGUGUGUCAGCGCCAAGCAAGGAUUUGGGAACAUCUGUGGACGUGGACGUGUCAGUGCCCAAGGUCGGAGCCGAAGCCACACUGCCCUCCCUGGGAAGGGAGGUGCGAGCCCCAGAGGGUGCCGUCCAAGUGCCCACUGCUGAUACCGACCUCCCUGGGGAAGAGCUGGAGGUGUCCCUUCCCAAGGGAGAGGUGGCUGUGUCUGGGCCGAAGGGCAAAGCAGAUGGGGUCAAGAUCAAGGGCCAGCUGCCCAAAGUGCAGAUGCCGAGCCUCAAGAUGCCCAAGGUGGACAUCAAGGCCCCCCAGGUGGACAUUAAGGGGCCCAAAGUGGACCUGAAAGGCGCCAAAGGGGAGGUGAGCGCCCCCGACGUCGAGGUGUCCCUGCCCAGUGUGGAGGUGAGCGCCCAGGUGUCCAGUGCCAAGGUGGAGGCCGACCUGUCACCGGAAGACAAGGAGGUGGCUGUCAGAGACAGCAAGUUCAAGAUGCCCAAGUUCAAGAUGCCGUCCUUUGGCGCGUCGGCGCCAAGCAAGUCCUUGGAAGCCUCUGUGGACGCGUCCCUGCCCAAGGUCCAGGCUGAGGUUUCCAUGCCCUCUAUCCAGGCUGAUGUCAAGACCAGUGACGUGACCAUUGAGCUGCCAUCUGCCGACCUAGACAUCAAGACUGCCUCGGUGGGCCUGAAGCUCCCUGAGGGGCAAGUGCCCAAGGAGGAGCUCAAGGAACCCUCAGCCACAGCCGGACUCAAAGGGCACCUGCCCAAGGUGCAGAUGCCCAGCAUCAAAAUGCCCAAAGUGGACUCCAAGGCCCCCCAGGUGGACAUCAAGGGGCCUAAACUGGACCUGAAUCAGGAUGCCAAAGGGGAGGUGAGCGCCCCUGACGUGGAGGUGUCCCUGCCCACCGUGGAGGUGGAUGCCCAGGUUCCUGUUGCCAAGCUGGAUUCAUCCUCUGGGGAGGUUGAAGUGUUUUCCAAAGCAGCCAAGUUUAAAUUUCCUAAAAUCAGCAUUUCCUCCUCUCGAACCUCCCCCAGUAAGCCUUCCCUGGUCUCUCCAGGGCUUGACAUUCAUGAUAAAGUUACCCAGAAUUCGCUCUCCUCAGGCCUCAGAGAUCCAGUUGUCUCUGGUGGUGAUCAGCAUGCUUUCCAUAUGGAAGGUGAUGUCGCCUUGUCAGUUGGAAAAGAAGGAGAAAAAAGCAAAAGCAAAAAGUCCCAUUUUAAAUUGCCCAAAGUCUUCUCUCCGCCAGGGAAAGCAGAUAAAGGCUUUGUAGCUUCUGCAGAGGAAACUGAGGUCCCUUUGCCUGUGAGGGCCUCAGCGUCCCCCUUGGAGUCAGGACAUGGGGAGCCCCUGGGGACGCCUGUGGCUUCCGUGGAGACUUCCCUGCCGGUGUCCAGGCUGGGCUGGCUCAGUGGUCCCCAUGGGGAAUCGUCCUGCCUCAGUCCCAGUGAGGGUGUCACACUUACAAAGUACCAGGUGACUGUCCCCAGAGGCCCCGUCCCUUCCGAGCUGCCUUGUGAAACCCCGUCUAGGUCCCAGUUUCACGCUCAGCUUCCCAGCAUGGCAGGUGCAGGCGACCUCCCCUCCAGUGAGAGCAUUCUACUGUCCCAGCCUGACGGUCACACGAGCCCCGUGGACAUUGCAUUUCCUGAAUCUUAUGGCCAGGUGACUUUUCCUAAAUUUCAUCGACCCAAGUUCCGACUGUCACUGCCAACAUCAGCCGCUGCAGUGGUGGAGCCUGGAGCUGCCGAGCAUGCGCCCCCCACGUCCCCACCACUCGCUGCACAGGGACUGGACUCCUCCGUGGAGGAAGCCACGGCGUUCCCAGUGCCAGAGGGUCAUCUGCCACCUGCAGGUGGCUCUGCGUCCACGGUGGCAGAGGGACAGGCAGGCACUGCGGGGACGUCGGCAGUGGCCCCAGAGGAAGCCCCAGCUGAAGGUGCGGGGCGCAAGGGCAAAGGCAGGCCCGUGACAGCCCCGAGGCUCAAGCUUCCCUCCUUCAGCUGGUCCCCGAAGAAGGGGGCGGAGUCCAAAGCAGACCCUGGACACAGCCCGGCUGUCACUGCAGAUGCCCUGGGCAGCCCGCCCGGGGGUCCCGUUACACCUGCAGAAGCUGGUGCAGAUGUGUCUCUCGGGAAGGACGGAGAGGCGGGAGCAGUCAGGACACCAGCCCUUGCCCAGCUGAAGGUCGCGCCUCCCGGAAUGGAGGCUUCCACACGGGGGGCCGGCCUGCCCCGGGGAGACCCAGGCCUGGCCCUUGCCGGCCCCACAGACACGGCCAGUGGUAAGGGUGGUGUUGGAGGUGCUGGCACAGCCGCAGGCCCCCCAGAAGGAGCGGAUGUGAGCCUCCACCUCCCGGAGGCCCCUGUUCCCAGCGCGGGCUUUGUGAAACCUGACCUCAGCCCCGGGGAUGCCACGGUAGAGGGGAGCCCGUCUACAGGCCACCUUCCUCUUCCCAAACACGGCCUGUCUCUCAGGGACAGCACCCAAGAGCACGGGCCUGGGGACAGCUCAGCAAGCCAGCUCUGUGGGGACGUGAUGGCCUCUUUGGUGGAAGACCCCCUUCAGCCAUCCCCAGCGGUGGGGAGCCCAGAGAGGGAUGCAGCCGCGGGAGAAGCACCAGCAGGCUCCAGGGAGAGCUGGUUUAGGAUGCCCUCACUCCGCCUGCCCGGCUUCGGACGCCCCCACAAAGAGCAGGUGGGCUCUGCAGGGCUGGGGGCUCAGAGGCCCGCACCGGUGACGGCCGGUGUGCAAGGGGAAGGAGAGGCCGUGGUUGGGAUGCAGAGCCCGGAUGCCUGUGCACCUGCGUCAGAGGUGGACGCUGCUAAGUCCCUGCAGCCCCCCGAGGCUGGUGCAGAUGGGGCAGCUGUAGGCAGCCCGGCUUCCUCCUAUGCAGAUGUUCUCCGGAGGAAUCUUGAUCUUCACGCCCCUGUGGGGCCGUCAGCUUCCGAGGUCAGGGUCCGGCCGGGCGCAGGCUCCCUGCCCCUCCAGCUGCAUGGGGUGCUUGCAGAGCCCCGCGGCCCUCCAGGAGAAGCAGGUGAGCCCCUUCUUCCUGGACCAGCAGGCCAGGGCCUGGGCAGAAGGGCCCAGGGGGCAGAGGGGCCGCCUUCCCAGCCUGAGGGCCCUGUCAGACUGAGGGCUUCCAGUACAGAUGUGCCAUCCCAGGUUUCCGUAGUCAGCGUGGGUCAAGUCUGGGAAGACUCUGUGCUACGUGUCCAGUUCCCCAAGUUAAAGGUACCGAGGUUCAGCUUCCCGGCCCCCAGCUUGGAGGCUGACAUUUUCGUGCCCAGUGUGAGAGAGUUGCCAUCCUGCCCGCAGAGCGGUCCUCACACAGCCCUGCUGGAACAAAGCCCCAGCGGGCGGGGCACCAGCCUCCCGAAGGCCCCCGUGGCCCUCGGCCUCUCCUCGGAAGCUGCCCCCAUUUGUAAGGUCAGAGUGCACAUUCAGGGCGCGGAGGCUGCCAGCCGCAAGGUGGCCGUGCACAGCACGGUGACCGCCGGGUACACCGAGCUCUCGGGCCCCGAGGCCUUUCCCACCCAGAUCGUGCAGGAGUCAGAGGUCCCCGCAUCGGAGACCCAAACACCUUCCUGUGGGUUUUCCUUGCCGAAGGGGAGGGUCCCAGAACCCCCCCCUCGGGCGCGGGUGCACCUGGUGACCACAGAGUGCGGGCUGAGGGGGCGCCUUCGAGAGGCUCAGGAGCCCGUCCCAGGAGCAGACCCCGUUUCUGGAGACCUCCAGCCUGACGCCGGAGAGCCUUUUGAAAUUAUCUGUCCCAAUGUAGACAUGCCGGGACCGCCAGCGUGUUCAUCUGACCUUCACUCUGGCCAUGGGCGUGCCGACAGCUGUUCUGACGAGGAGCCCGCGGAAAUCCUCGAAUUCCUGCCGGAGGAGGGCCAGGAGGCAGAGGAGGCCGAGGCUCCCAAAGCAAAACCUGAAGGGAAAAGUUCCUCUGGUCUGUUCCGGUUUUGGCUCCCGAGCAUCGGGUUUUCUUCCUCGGCCUCCGAGACAAGUGCCGAUUCCCAAGCCGAUGCCCAGAGACCAGCUCCCGUGCAGACCCAGCCCGAGGCGCGGACCCCUCCCUCGCAGGAGAAGGGGGGCUGGUUCCGGUUUCCUAAGUUGGGGUUCUCCUCUUCCCCUACCAAGAAAAGCAAAAGUGAGGAAGAGGAGGUGAGUCUGGCCGAGCAGAGUCUCCAAGAGGAGGCAGGUACCUUCUAUGACGCGCAAGAAAGCUUCUCCGCAGAAGAGACAGGAGCAGGGGAGCCGGCGGAGGCCGCGGGCGCCAGGCGGGGCUCCGGCACCAUGGUGACCUCCGCGGCGAGAACCGAGCUGAUCCUGCUGGAGCAGGACAGAGCCGCCAGCCAGCAGUCUGCACCCAGGCCCGCCACCAAGUGAGGGCCGGGAAGGGGUGACUGUUCCGCAGAGGACAGACGCCCGCACCAAGUCCCGAAGCAGAACCCCGGCCACACGGAGCUCCCAUCCCGACCACGCCGGUGUCCACGGCGUCCACCACACUCCUGGACGCGGUACACCAGCCGGGCAACCGCCACGCAGCCCUCCAACGGGGCGGGGGGCCGAGCUGCGGAGCGUGCCGGCUGAGCCAGCUUCCUCCAUGGCCGCUCGGGGCGGGUGAGCCGGCGGAGGUCUGCACCGUCCCGUGCUCGCACAGCCCCCACGUGCCCCUGUGCCCCCCACUGCACACGCUUCAGCCAGGCUGCCGGUGGAACCCCCCCCCAAUGGACAAUAAAGGACAAGACACA